CAAACCUAGCAUUCCUUUGCUUCCUCCUAAAGAUAUCCUUAAAACAAAAAACAAAACUCAGUACUCUUCACAUUUGGUCCACCACCCCCACAAUGUAAUGCUUAUAUGUAGCUUCUGCAAUUUCUUCUUGCAAAAAUCCUCCAUAGAUGGCUUCACAAACAAAAACCAUGAUCAAGUAUCUGCGACUCGUGACCUUCAUUGGGGCAAUUCUUAUCGUGAAUUCACUUCAAAUUUCAGUAGCUUCUGUUGUUUCAACAGGAGAUUUCAACAAGGAUUUCUUCGUGCUGUGGUCUCCUACCCAUGUAAACACUUCUGCAGAUGGCAGUGAAAGAAGGUUGAUACUUGACAAAGAUUCAGGCUCUGGAUUUGCCUCCAACGACAUGUUCCUGUUUGGCCAGAUUGACGUGCAAAUUAAGCUGAUACCAGGUGACUCGGCAGGCACAGUCGUGGCCUUUUACCUAACAUCCGAUCAGCCUAAUCGCGAUGAGAUGGACUUUGAGUUCCUUGGCAACGUCAGUGGGCAGCCUUACAUCGUUCAAACAAAUGUUUUUGCUGAUGGGUUCGACGACAGAGAAGAGAGAAUCUAUCUGUGGUUUGAUCCAACAGAGGACUUCCACACCUAUUCAAUCCUUUGGAAUCUUAAUCAAAUUGUCUUCAUGGUAGAUUGGGUUCCAAUUAGAACAUACAGAAACCAUGCAGACAAGGGAGUGGCAUUUCCAUGGUGGCAGCCAAUGAGCAUCAAAAUCAGCCUAUGGAACGGUGACACUUGGGCGACACGUGGUGGCAAAGACAAGGUUGACUGGUCAAAGGGCCCCUUCAUAGCCUCAUUCGGGAACUACAAGAUUGAUGCAUGCGUAUGGAAAGGAAAUGCAAGGUUUUGUAGGGCAGAUAGCCCUACGAAUUGGUGGAACCAGGACAGGUCCAGCUCUCUAACAAGAGCACAGAGGAGGCUUUUCAAAUGGGUUAGGAAGUACUAUCUCAUAUAUGACUACUGCCAAGACGACAAGAGAUUCCAAAACAACCUUCCCAAGGAGUGCUCUCUUCCCAAAUACUGAAUAUCAAUUAAAAAAUUGUUAAAUAAAUAGAAUUUUUAUACAAAAAAAGUCAUACAAAAUGGUGUGAUCAUGACCGAUUUAUAAUUAUGAAUCACAUUAAUGUACUUUUUGAUUUUCAAUGAAUAGGUAUAAAUGAGUCACAUUAUUUUGUAUACAAAUUCUGUGUAUAGCAUUUAUCACAAGAAAACUUUUUUCAUUCUUUUCUCCUUGUUCUCAUAAUCAAUUGUUAUUCCCAUGAUUUAAUUUGAUAAU